GGCGUUGAAGGAUUGAUGCCGCGUAUGGAUAGCCAGAACCAGAUUACAGAGUUGGACCUCGUCGCCUAUGGCGGUUCAUCAAGGGUUCUGAAAAAAAUGCUGGUCAUUAAUGGCAACGAAACGCCUGUUGCCAUGAAAAUUGUAAAUAAAAAAUCGAAUGAAGCUGACAGAGAGCUUAAAACUUAUUCCGAGAUAAAAACACAUGAAAACAUUAUCAAGUUUUAUGAGUCACGUCAUGGACUAGAUGGAUCCUAUACAUUUAUUUUAGAAUAUGGGGAGUUAGGAAGUCUACGUGAGGUGUCUGUUCCCGUGACCAAAAAUGUUAAUACCGUCGCGCUACCAUUUAUAGAUGUAGGAUCGCAUUAUGCGGUUGCGGUCUCAACACUUUUACUUUUAACAUCAUAUUUGUCAUUAAUAUCGAUCUUAAUAUUUACUCCCGGCUUAGUCGAUAAGAGGCGUGAUAUACUCGACUGA